AUGGACAUCGCAGCAUCUUCAGCAACCAUCGAGCCGCCGCUCUUCGACUCGGGCAUCGAACCGCUCGAAGGGGCUUCCGGCAACACUGCACGCACCAUCCUCGUGGCACUGUGCGUGGACGCGAGCACGCGGGAGAAGGCCCUGCGGAACUACUACAGGCUCAUGCACUACGAGCAGCAACUCUGCGGACAGGAGGUCAUCCGCAACGCCAGCGCCAUCACCACCACUAUGGGCUCAACCAAGAGGAAAGCCGUCGGGGAACCGAAGAUCUGUCUUCAGUGCGAUGAGAUCUUCACCGAAGACCAGAACCAACUAGGCGCUUGCUGGUACCACUCGGGCGAGCUGGAACUAAUGGAUGAGAGCGCCAUCGACCGUGAGCCGGCGGAAAUGGCGCUGUACGACCUGGACACGGAGCCCAUCCGCGCCAGACACCCGGAGGCAUUCCGGUGGUGUUGCUGCCGGGAGACGGGCAAGGCACGGGGCUGCACGCCCGGCCGCCACGAGUCCAACCCGGACAGGAGCAAGAAGGGCCGCGGAGACUUCUCGGACCUCGAUGAGGACUCGCUGGAUCUCGACGACACAUCGUUAGAUGACGACGACGACGAUGAUGACGAUGACGACGGCGACUCCUCGGAGCACUCGCCCGGAAGCAGCAACCACGACGACAUGCAUCAUCACCAUCAGCAGCAGCAGCAGCAACAACAACCGCAGCAGCAUUCGCAAGCCAACGGGCGGCAUUGA